AUGCCUCGUGACGUAGAGCCUUCCAUAAACCAGCGCGAUUUUAUCUUCUCUGCCAUACAACAAGGUCUCAGGGUUGACGGGAGGUCCCCCCUUCAAGCAAGGAAGACGACCAUUCGAUUCGGAAAUAGUCUGGGCUGGGUAGAAUGCUCCAUUGGGGAGACCCGAGUGGUCGCGCAAAUCAGCGCUACAGUCACACGCCCAUAUUUUGAUCGGCCGUUCGAAGGCAUUAUUGUCAUCCAUACGGAGUUUUCACCAAUGGCUUCAAGUGCAUACGAGACUGGCAGACCUUCAGAAGAGGAAAUCACAAUGGCUCGCAUACUUGAAAAGACUAUCAGACGCAGUGAGGCGUUGGAUCGAGAGGCAUUGUGUAUCUUAGCAGGGCAGAAGGUCAGUGUCCCUCAUCGUGAGACAAACACUAAAAUCGUUCGUGGGCAACAGGUAUGGACCCUCCGUCUGACGAUUCAAUUUCUUGCGGACGAAGGCAAUCUCCUGGAUUGUGCAUGCAUGGCGGCUAUGGCAGCAUUGCGACACUUUCGCAAGCCAGAGGUGGAAGUCGUGGGGGAUGAGGCCACCAUGUUCUCUCCUGAAGAAAGGGCACCUGUGCCCUUGGCACUCCACCAUCAGCCAUUAUGUGUAUCCUUCGUAUCUCUCGGCCCCCGUAAUACGCCUGUAAUGGACCCUUCGCGCCUAGAAGAACAAUUGGCACACGGUAAAAUGACUAUCUCCCUGAAUGCGCAGAAAGAGAUUUGUGUGCUGCAGAAGGCCGGAGGUGUUGCACUGCCUGCAGAUGAAGUACUACAUGCUGUCAAUGUUGCUGUUUCAAGAGUAAGAGAUAUGAGCGACCUCCUGAAUAGAUCAUUAGAGGAAGAUAGUCGGACACGUGUAAUAGAAGUACGAUAGUCGAUCCCGUGCUGGUUCGAUGAUAAUCACGUCGCCAUCUCUACCAGGUUUACCUAAGGGUCCCUG